AUGAUGUCAUCUGGCCCAUUGGAUCCAACAGAUGUCACUUUAUUCAGCUCGUACCCUGAACCAAUCAUCGUUCCACUGGAUUUCGUCGAGAAACAAACAAAAGCAGCGAGAGAUGACUUGGGAAUUGAUGAAAGUGGAAUGUAUAUCAUGUCGAAAGCAUUGGAAGAAUUCAUGCGACAAAUCAUGCGAGAAUCGACUCAAAAUGGUGCCUUUGAGCUCGACUACGACUCACUUGCCAAAUAUUUCUCGAAUUCCGAAUUCAAAGCGUUGGAAGAAUUCUUCCCUGAACGAGUCAAAUACGGCGACGUAAUUGAUGAAAUGCAUAUGAAUGGACAAUCAUCGAGUAGCUGA